CGAGAACGAUAAGACAGGCGGAAUGUAUAAAUACACACGCCGAUGUUGCUAACCUCUCGAGUAAAGAGCUGAAUAUGCACAUAUAUUAUUACGGGAGCGAAAGAAACGUCACCGGGCGAAGUAUAACUCGGGACGCCUCGCCUAAUUCUCAUCAAUAAUUAAACGACACUCGACGACGAGUGGUGCGUGAUUAAGGAUUUUUCAUACGCAUAUUGAACAGCAAUUAUACUUUGCGGAGUCAAGCAAAGGUGUCUGCUGAACUUGUCCCACGAGUCACUGAAGAACGCGGUGACGGUCGGGAUUGAAUACCUUAAACAUGGCAGGAAAGAGAUCCAAGGAACCGAGCGCUCUCUCGAAGCUCUAUCUCGUGCUGUAUAAUCUCGGCCAGACUCUGGGAUGGAGCUACAUUUUGUAUCAGAUCGUACAACAUUAUACACAGCCUUACAGUAGCACCUUGUGGAGCAAGACCAUGCUGCCUGUAGUUAUUUUUCAGAAUGCAGCUGUGUUGGAGGUAUUCAACGAUAUCUUGGAAUACGGUUUGAUAUAAUCUGAAUCGGGCGGA